GAUGAUGAUGAUGAACUUGAUGACCAAUAAUAAUAAUAAUCAACAACAACAACAACAACAAAAAUCUAUAGACGAUAAUGUUGAAAAGUUGACUAUGAUUAUGGAUAAAGAUAAAUCGACUAACAUUCGUUGGUCAAAUUCAACCAUAUUGAAUGAAAAUAAUAAUGUUCAUAAUAAUAAAUCGAUCGAUUUAUCUACAAAACGUUUACAUUCAACAUCAUUAUAUUCAAUAUCAACAAAGAUUAUCGAUUACUGUCGUGUUUAUCCAAAUGGUUAUUUGGCUGAUUUUGAUCAUCAUUGUCAACGUUAUUUUCAUUGUGCAUAUCAUAAUGGAAUUAUUAAAAUUAAACAGCUUACCUGUCCGAUUGGUAAAAAAUUUGAUCAAGAAAUUUCAAUCUGUAGAACUGGAAUUGUCGAUUGUGACAACAGUAAAUGAAAAAAACAGCCAAUUCAAUUUUCACUGAAAUUACUAAAUUUGUUUUUAGUUUUUGGCAACCCGAAAUUCAAUAUUCAAAAAUUUUCAAACAACAA